UAUCAGACAGCCAGGCACAGGCUACUCACCUCCCUCCUUUCUCCUCUUCUUCUCCUUCUUACUUCUUUUCUGCAUCUUAUCGCAAUCCCGUCAUCAUUCCUGUAUGGUGGAUAUUAUUUUCAACUCUUCUUUCUUGGGUGAUAUGGGGGAUCAUUCCAAAAAGAAGUCCGGAUUCGCGAUGUGUGUAGGCUGUGGAAGUCAGAUACAUGACCAGUACAUUCUGAGAGUUUCCCCGGACCUGGAGUGGCAUGCAGCCUGCCUGAAGUGUGCAGAGUGCAACCAGUACCUGGAUGAGACAUGCACUUGCUUCGUACGGGACGGAAAAACCUAUUGCAAAAGAGAUUAUGUAAGGUUAUUUGGAAUAAAAUGUGCAAAAUGUAACCUGGGAUUCAGCAGCAGUGAUUUGGUGAUGCGAGCCCGGGACAACGUGUACCACAUCGAGUGUUUCAGAUGUUCCGUAUGUAGCAGGCAGCUCUUGCCGGGGGAUGAGUUCUCUCUCCGGGACGAGGAGCUGCUGUGUCGGGCGGACCACAGUUUACUAAUGGAGCGAAGCUCUGCCGGAAGCCCAAUCAGCCCCGGACAUAUCCACUCCAACAGAUCACUACACUUAGCAGCAGAGCCGGUGACAGUACGGGCACCACACCGAAACCACGUCCACAAGCAGUCAGAGAAGACAACACGAGUGCGAACCGUUUUGAACGAGAAGCAGCUCCACACGUUACGGACCUGCUACAACGCCAAUCCGCGGCCAGAUGCGCUAAUGAAGGAACAACUGGUGGAAAUGACCGGCCUCAGCCCAAGGGUUAUUCGAGUUUGGUUCCAGAAUAAAAGAUGCAAAGACAAAAAGAGAUCUAUUCUCAUGAAGCAACUUCAGCAGCAGCAACACAGUGAUAAGACUGUAAGCAUCUUCAGUCUACAGGGGCUCACGGGUACGCCUCUGGUUGCCAGAAGCCCUAUCAGGCACGACAACACGGUGCAGGGUAACUCGGUGGAGGUGCAGACCUACCAGCCUCCCUGGAAGGCCCUCAGCGAGUUCGCCCUGCAGAGUGAUCUGGACCAGCCGGCCUUUCAACAACUGGUGUCUUUCUCGGAAUCGGGUUCAUUGGGAAACUCCUCCGGCAGCGACGUGACUUCUCUGUCAUCGCACUUACCCGACACCCCGAACAGCAUGGUACCCAGUCCCGUGGAGACGUGAGACCGGGCCACCAGCCUCGGUUCCAGGCCUAGCAUGUUCCCGCCCCGGUCCCCGGUCCCCUGCAUGUGACCAGCUCAUCACAGCGUCCUAAAGACAGAGGAGUCGUUUCGGACAUGGAAAGUGACAUAUUCUCAAUUUUGAACAAUUACCUAACGGCACUAUAAAGCAACGCGUACGAAAGCCCUUCUUCUUAAGACAGUUCAGCAUUUUUGAGGAUAUCAGUGACAAAACAAAAACGAACUUCGUUGCAUGAACGGAAAGAAGAUAGAAGAUUCUCAUGAUGGAUUUACAAAACAGCCUCCCUCCAUAUUACAUUGGAGCCAUUUGAUGUCGAACCAGAUGGACAUUCUGCAAUUCAUUGUGAACGUGUCGUGUCUUGGUAUCUUUAUGUGAUUUUUGAUACAUUUAUUUCGUUAUCAAGCCCAUAGACUCGUGUGUUUGUCUUAAAAAGGAGCAUGAUUUCCGAAGAUUAUAUAAAACAGAUUCUUGUUGUUAAAUAUUUGAUCUUAAUAGGAAGACGGCAGGUUGUUUGAGCCUCUCUAACAAAAGUAAGUUAUUGUUAUUUAUUGUCAGGACAACGAUUCAUAAAGGAAUUAAUAACUGAUCAAAAAUAAAACUGUUAAAUCUUUAUAAUGUCUAAGGUACACAGUCUUUGCAUAAACUCUUGUAGAUUUUCCCAAGAUAGGCUUACACCCCCGUUCCCUCACUAGGCUUACACCCCCGUUCCCUCACUAGGCUUACACCCUCGUUCCCUCACUCAGCCUGUUGCAUGCAGUUAAUCAAGUGGACCAGUGGUUAUUUGAGCUAUCGACAUCAAAACCUUCAACCAAAGGUAUUCCCAAAAUGAGUAUGCUUCACGCACACCUUAUAGGCCCCCAGUUCCCCGAGCUUCUAAACCACAUAGGUGUAGGUCUAUAUGCAACAAAUCAAACACCAAUAUAUUUUUGAAUUUAUCAAAAUGAUAAUUGUGCUAACAAGGUGAAUAAGUUCCCUAUUUAUCCCUGCAUUAGGCUUUAAACCACUGCAAAAAGAGGCCUAUUAAAAUUGCGAUACAAAAGGAUGGAUGAAAACGUCAAUGAUCGAAUACUGAGGGUCCAUUGAUGAAAGCAUUUGCAUAUAAAUGUUGAAUGUUAUGACUAUUAUCAGGCUAAUCUGAUAGGCCUAUUGAUUUGGGGGAAAUAUUUAUAAUCAUGUUAAUAUGUUAUUUUUACUCAGGCUAUUUCAUCAUUUUCACUUUAAAAAACAUUGGAGCUUAACAUUUGCAUGCGGAAUGAACAAUAAUAUUAUUAUAUAUUUUUUAAGUAAAUAAGACACCCUCAAUUUGAGGGUUUGCGCAGCCUACCUAAUGCUUAACAUAACCGUUUUUCUGAUGCUGGGAGAUUGGAAUUAAGGUGGAUUGGCUUCUGGUCAUUUAUUUUCUAGGAGCGAAUUUUUGUUGUGAUCAAUCCAGUUUCACUGGUUAAAUCACAAGUCUAGACAGCCAACAAGGAUCGGCGGCUUCUUAUCUGCGCCUGGCAUCACCUGCAAACGAUACAUUGAAUGAAGCCACAACAAACCCACUGCUCUCUUUGGAAAGAGCUAGUUUAGGGGAGAGACCAGCUCGUAAACCCACCCUAAUCUGGCCACAGUUUAUUUUCAUUCCACUCAGUCAAUUGCGUUAUUACGCACGGGUCAGACGUCUCAGUAAUGACAUCUCAGACCAAGUACCUUUGCGUGUUUUUAACCGGGCUACGCAAAGACUAGGCUACCUGGGCACAAUUAGUUAGCACUCAUCAAAUAAUUUGAGAUAAUAGGAACAAUUAACAAAAAAAAUACAGUAGACUAAGACGAAAUGUAUAGACUAUUAUUAAUUAUCCCAUUUGUAGUUGGCUAUAAAUUCCGUUUAAAAGUGGGUCUAACUUAUUAUUUUAAUGUCUGACAAUACUUUCACAGGAUCAAAAUAGACUCAUGAAUGGAACUAUAUCUUGUAGAUUUAAUUUAAUAUGUAUUAAACAUCACUAUCCUAAUUCAACUCAACUAUUGGCUAGGCCUACGAUUUAUUGAUUGAUUGAUUUCAUUAUAGUGUCUUGCAUCUUCAUGAUUCCCAGCCCACAUGGGCUUAUACACUGUAAUAAUAUUAUCAUACUUAUAUAUGGACACACCUACCUACCUACCUACCUACCUACCUACCUACCUACCUACCUACCUACCUACCUACCUACCUACCUACCUACCUACCUACCUACCUACCUACAUACAUACAUACAUACAUACAUACAUACAUACAUACAUACAUAAACAUUUGCAUUCCUAAUGAAAUUAAAACUAUACCUAC